AUGAGAUUAUUAUUUUAUCAAUAAUAUUAAUUAUUGUUUUUCUUUGGAAAAAAAUAAGUUUUUAAUUAAUUUAGAAGAAUUCUCUAAUUAUUUGAAUGACUCAUCAAGAAAAUAAUGCAGCAAUCAAAUAAGCCAAUAGAAAGUAAUAGAAUAAUAUUAUCGUACGAAGUUUCCCGACAACUCAAAAACUUUCUUCUAUUCUACUCAAAAAAAGAAGAAAAAAAAACUUCUUUCCAUCAACAUCAACGGCGCGUGUACAGAUAACAUUAUAAAUACAAACUAACCAAAUAAUAACUCACUUAAAAUAUUUCAGUAAUUUUCUCUUAUAAUAACCUCACUCGAUUUUCCUCCUCCCCAUCGAUCUGCCAAUGUCCAACUUUAACUUCUCAUCGCGAGCUGUAGAAAUUACUGUCUUAUCAGGUGAAAGCCUUCAGAUCGAUCGGAGACCAAUCAAGAAGAACACCUUCGUCGUCGUCCGAUCCAUUGGCGGAAAUGAUUUCUGUUCUACGGAGAUCGACACCAAUGGCGGGAGUAACCCAAAAUGGAACCAGAAGCUCGUCCUUGAAUUGCCGGUUCAAGCAGCUGCACUGACCGUCGAAGUAUACUGCAAAAUCAUGACCGGGAUCAGACUCGUCGGAACGGCUACAGUUCCGAUAUCAGACUUUUCCGGUGGAUAUUUACCUGAUAAUUACUUGCAUUUUCUGAGUUACAGACUGAGGGAUGAGGAAAGUGAAAGGAAUGGGAUUAUCAAUUUGUCUGUGAAAACGAAAUUUGCGGCGGCGGAGGUACCCGAGUAUCGAUCGUGCGUGGCUUCGUCUUCUUCGUCGACGGCUUCGGUGGUUGGAGUUCCUACGAGUAAAAAGUACUCGAGUGGGAUCGUGACUGGUUUUCCUGUUUUUGGUCCACUACUUGAUCAUAAUAAUGGAAUGAUUUAGUUUUGAAGGAUAUAUAUUUUCUCAUAUAGAAAUAAAAGUUGUCACAAUAAGAUAAUGAAAGAGAGUGGAUAUGUUGGAAAAUCAAUACUGUUUAUAUCACUAUUAAUAUUAUACGUUAGUACUAUUAAAGAGUGGAGUGCAACUUGUGCAAGUGUGUAUAUAUUAUUUCAAUGAGAAAUGUAAAGGGUAUUAUGGUUAAUGUCACCUAUCAAUAUAUAUUAAGAUAUACUUAUAUAAUUUAAUAUUCGAUUC